AUGUUUUUGAAGGCGGGCAGAGGGAAAAAGGUCCCCCCAGUGAGGGUCUAUGAGCCUGAUUGUGUAGUUCUGAUGGAGCCCCCUUUGAGCAAGAGGAACCCGCCAGARCUGAGAUUAGCGGAUUUGGCAACGGCUCAGGCCCAGCCGCAUCAGAAUAUGACAGGCUUCCCGGCGCUGGCCAGCCCGCCCGCCCACUCCCAACUCCGCGCUGCUACCGCGCACCUCCACCCGCGGGACCUGGGUACUGACCCCGGCGUGGCCGUCACUGCGCUUGGACCCGAGCACAUGGCUCAGGCGAGCGCUCAGAGCCUCAGCCCUCCUUCCCAGGUGCUCCCGGCGCAGUCCGAGGCUCCAGCGGCUGCUGCCCGCCCUGUGGCCGUAGUCGCGCACCCAGGCUCCGGCACCUACCCCGGCGGCGGGGGCAGCAGUGGCGCGCAGUCCUCCGCGCCCCCGCCCCCAGCCCCUCCUCUUCCUCCCUCCCCUUCACCCCCUCCUCCUUCCCCUCCCCCGCCUCCUCCUUCUGCCCUCUCGGGCUACACCACCACCAACAGUGGCGGCGGCGGCAGCAGCGGCAAAGGCCACAGCAGGGACUUCGUCCUCCGGAGGGACCUUUCCGCCACGGCCCCCGCGGCGGCCAUGCACGGGGCCCCGCUCGGAGGGGAGCAGAGGUCCGGCACCAGCUCCCCCCAGCACCCGGCCCCGCCUCCCCACUCGGCCAGCAUGUUCAUCUCUGCCAGCGGCACCUACGCGGGCCCGGACAGCGGCGGUGGCCCGGCGCUCUUCCCCGCGCUGCACGACACUCCAGGGGCUCCCGGCGGUCACCCACACCCGCUCAACGGCCAAAUGCGUCUGGGGCUGGCGGCGGCGGCAGCAGCCGCGGCGGCUGAGCUGUAUGGCCGAGCAGAGCCGCCCUUCGCUCCUCGCUCUGGGGACGCGCACUACGGGGCGGUGGCUGCCGCUGCGGCCGCCGCCCUGCACGGCUAUGGAGCCGUGAACUUAAACCUGAACCUGGCUGCMGCGGCGGCCGCAGCGGCAGCUGGGCCUGGGCCCCACCUGCAGCACCACGCGCCGCCCCCGGCGCCGCCGCCGCCGCCAGCGCCCGCGCAGCACCCGCACCAGCACCACCCCCACCUCCCAGGGGCAGCCGGGGCCUUCCUGCGCUACAUGCGGCAGCCAAUCAAGCAGGAGCUCAUCUGCAAGUGGAUCGACCCCGACGAGCUGGCCGGGCCGCCACCGCCACCGCCCCCGGCCGGCGGCGCCAAGCCCUGCUCCAAAACUUUCGGCACCAUGCACGAGCUGGUGAACCACGUCACGGUGGAGCACGUGGGCGGCCCGGAGCAAAGCAGCCACGUCUGCUUCUGGGAGGACUGUCCACGCGAAGGCAAGCCCUUCAAGGCCAAAUACAAGCUCAUCAACCACAUCCGCGUGCACACUGGCGAGAAGCCCUUCCCCUGCCCCUUCCCGGGCUGCGGCAAGGUCUUUGCACGCUCUGAAAACCUCAAGAUCCACAAGCGCACUCAUACAGGGGAAAAGCCUUUCAAAUGUGAAUUCGAUGGUUGUGAUAGGAAGUUUGCCAAUAGCAGUGAUCGAAAGAAACAUUCCCAUGUCCAUACCAGUGACAAGCCCUACUACUGCAAGAUCCGAGGCUGUGACAAAUCCUACACUCACCCGAGUUCUCUGAGGAAGCACAUGAAGAUUCACUGCAAGUCCCCCCCACCUUCUCCAGGAGCCCUUGGUUACUCAUCAGUGGGGACUCCGGUGGGUGCCCCCUUGUCCCCUGUGCUGGACCCAGCCAGGAGUCGCUCUAGCACUCUGUCCCCUCAGGUGACCAACCUCAAUGAGUGGUAUGUUUGCCAGGCCAGUGGGGCCCCCAGCCACCUCCACACACCUUCCAGCAACGGAACCACCUCUGAGUCUGAAGAUGAGGAAAUGUAUGGGAACCCUGAAGUUGUGCGGACGAUACAUUAG